CUAAUGAUUGGUUACCUGGCCCGGAACCCGCUGUCGUGGCGCAAGAUGGCGGCGGCUGUGCUGGAGGUGGAGGUUGGAGCAGCCGGGGCCAGAGAGCCCGAGGAGGUGGAUAUAUCAGACCUUGCGCCUGAAGAACGAUGGCGGAUAGAACAUGCGCGGAUGCACGCCAAGCACCGUGGUCACGAGGCCAUGCAUGCCGAGAUGGUCCUCAUUCUUAUUGCCACGCUGGUGGUGGCACAGCUGCUGCUUGUACAGUGGAAGCAGAGACACUCUCGUUCCUACAAUAUGGUGACCCUGUUCCAGAUGUGGAUUGUUCCCGUAUAUUUCACAGUGAAGCUGCAUUGGUGGCGAUUUCUUGCUGUCUGGUCCCUUUUCUCUAUCAUCACAGCCUUUAUCACUUAUAGAGCCACCCGCAAACCUCUGGAGCAGACCACUCCCAGGCUGGUGUAUAAAUGGUUCCUCUUGCUGUAUAAAUUGAGCUAUGCCACAGGGAUCGUGGGGUACGUGGCGGUUAUGUUCACGCUGUUUGGAUUAAAUUUAUUGUUCAGAAUAAAACCAGAAGACGCCAUGGAUUUUGGGAUCUCUCUGCUGUUCUACGGUCUUUAUUAUGGUGUCCUUGGAAGGGACUUUGCUGAGAUGUGCGCAGAUUACAUGGCGUCGACCAUAGGGUUCUAUAGUGCAUCGGGGAUGCCAACAAAGCACCUUUCAGACAAUGUGUGUGCGGUCUGUGGUCAGCAGAUCUUCGUAGAUGUCAAUGAAGAGGGUAUCAUUGAAAACACAUACAGACUGUCCUGUGACCAUGUCUUCCAUGAGUUCUGCAUCCGGGGCUGGUGCAUUGUGGGAAAGAAACAGACGUGUCCUUACUGCAAGGAGAAGGUCGACCUGAAGAGGAUGUUCAGUAAUCCAUGGGAGAGACCUCACGUCAUGUAUGGCCAACUCUUGGACUGGUUACGAUACCUUGUUGCCUGGCAGCCUGUUAUCAUUGGACUGGUACAAGGCAUCAAUUACUGCCUAGGACUGGAAUAAUCUCCUCCUUCCCCUUCCUAAUUCUGAAAUGGUCCAGAUGCUUCUACAUCGGAAGAAGAGGCAGCUCGGCCAGUGGCCAUCUCCUGUUUUUUCCAUCUUCUUCUCUGGAUCUUCACCAUUGGAAUUUGGUCUCGGGGGCUGGAGAGGUAGAAGCCACAUCUCCUUGUACUGGAGGGGCUUGUUGUAUUAUUUAUUUAUAACAACAUGUGUCUAUAUUGGCACUACAGGAUCCCAUGAUGAUUGUUUAUUUAGUGUUUUCUUUUUAUCUCUUUGAGUGCUGGAAUGCUUCGUACGUUCUGCACUGAAGGUUUUUCAUUUAGACCCCAAGUUUGCAAAGACCCCAACUGUGGAAGAGUGAUGAUUUGUGGGGAGUUUGUUUAUGUUGACAGUGUUAAGCUAUUUGCUAAUGGAUUGAAUAUCAGCUCCUUCACUCUCCCUGAAGUCUCUAAGAACUGGUCAGCAGAGAAUGUCUAUCUUAUUCAAUUUUUUUUAUUUAUUUUUUUUGUUUCCCCCACCAUCCUCCUCCUUAAGGAACACAUUAAAUUAAUAGCUCACUUUGUUCUAUGGGUAGAGCAAGUGGCAGCAGAAACCAGAAAUAUGGAACCCGUCUGCAAACUGCACACACAGACUGACAGCGCCUGCAGCCUUAUUGCCGGGGACACCUGAAUAUCAUCUGGCCGUGUCUGGGACCAAAGUGUUUGUAAACUUGUUUUUUGACUUUUAUGGGAAUCACAGCUGAGAGGUCAAUGCCUUUUUACCAAAACACAAGACAUACCUAGGUUCUAAUUGUGUCUGUAAACAUGGAUGGCCACUUGGGAAGGGUUUGGGGUUUUUGUCACCCCUUUUAUAGAAUUGUGUACAGUUAGCAUUUGAACAACUGUAACACCGCUCCCUGUGGGUGUUAAACUGGUUUGGUAAGGGUAAAGAAACCACUGAAUGAACUGAGAAGUUGGUAUUUCACCAACCCGGAAUAAUAGAAGACCUGCAUGUUCACCAUUAAGCAAAUGUCAACUUUGUUUUUUUUCAUUCAUGAAAUGGUGGGCAUUGUUACUGUAUCACUGUACAGGCAGUCCAUAUUGGUCUGUGAAUUGCCCUGCUCGAGCACUGGCCCACAGACCUGACAACUGUGAGUUUAAAGGAAAACUGUCAACUUUUUAAAUAAACAAUGACGUGUAUUACAGCCUGUGCGUGUUAUUUUGUAAUGCAUUCAUAAAAGUACAGACCUCUUGUUUAGUUCAACUCCUCCUCUAGCCUUGUUCUGAGGGGCGGUCAUCCAUAGCAAGAACCAAGCAGAUGGUCAAUACUUAAUGUCAGUUUGGAAGUUCUGCCUUGAUUUCAGCUCUUCGUAUUGUGCGUGGUCUUAGCCGAGAGGUAGUGCGUCCGACUUGCGUACAUUUCCCAAGUCAUUUUGUGACUGGGGAGCUACUAAUUGGCUUAGAGCAUCAGCCGCCCCUUUGCCAGCGGCAGUAUAAGGGUUUAGUUUUCAAGGUUUUUCAUGGAGGAGGGAGUGAAAUGGCACUGGUGAGAAGACUUUGGACUCAUGAACAGUUCAACCACUAAAGUUAAGCCAACACAAGGGACUUCCUUGCGCCAUAACAAUUUCACUUCAGUGAAGUUGUUAUAGUACCCAGAGGGUCCCUUCAAUGUAUAUGUAUUCAAUAAAAAUAUAAGAAAGCAAGGCUGUACUGCAUGUCAUAUUUUGUCUAUGAUAAAAGACAGUUUUCCUUUAAGUCAAAUCUCUGAUGGGAUUAUUAAAUCCUGCACCUCCCAUCGCUUGAGAAAGCAUUCAGAGAGAACAGAUCUGCUGGGAACUCAUGGGAACUUAUAUUUACCCCUUUGAUAAUCCCAGAUGAUUUAUUUCAGUCUUUUUUGGCAGUGUUUCCAUAGUUUUGCUAUUUCAGCUAGUUCAUGUUAAAACAGUGAACCUUCUAAAACCCCACCACCUGUUGUUGGACUCCAAGAAUUGUCUGGCUGCCAUUAUGUGUCAAAUAAUUUGGAAUAAUAGUCCAGCAAGAGUGAGUUGUUUUUGCCCCCUUGUAAACCUGUUUAGUUUGUACUCAUCGUGUUCCCCUGUGGGAUACCACGAGAUCACUAAUACUCCAGGCUGCAUGCAGUCUUUCAUUAUUUAUUUUAUUUUUGGGUUCCUGAAAUGCUGUCAGUCUCCCCAUAAAUGUUUAGAAAUCCCCUGAUGUGUUUCUCCACCUUUACCACUGAAGGCAGCAGGUCUAGCUAAAUUAAAGUCCGUAAAUAAAUCCUUUAUGUGCUGCUGGUGUCCAUUCCUGUGUUAAUACUUACUUCAUGGUGUCUCCAGUCCUACAAGUCCUUACAUUGUGUUCUAGGUAAAUCUCGUCACUCUUAUACCAGCUUUUAUUUAUUACCAAUUAUCUCUUAAAGUGCCGUCUACACCUCCCUCUAUCAUAACCAUCUUCCUCUCCGCAGCCCCAUUUUUCCAUCCGAUGCUGCUUUUAUAAAGUAUUUUUGUCUUUGUCGAUAUGGAUAUUGUGGUACCGUACAGCAUUUUAUCCAGACCCUCUAUGAUUGAUGGUAAAAGCUGCGAUUAAGUCAUGUCAUGUUUAAUGUGUAUCAUUAACUGGUUAACAGUGGAUAAAUCCCAGUAACAGAGCAGUGGUAAGCCAUGUAAUGUAUAUUGAAAGGUCAAUCACCAAAGCCUGUCCCUGCAUUGUCACUGCUCAGUUCUCUGACAUUUAGGAGUUAAAUCACUUUUGUUUCUGUUACUAACUACAUCUCCAAGACAUUUAAAAAUAAAAAAAAUCACAUUUUAAACUACACCCAGUUCACGGUCUAUGGCAUAAAUCAUUGUAGCAUAAAAAAUAAGUGCUAAUUACGCCAAAAAGUAUUAUUUUCAGAAAUAAAGACUCUUAUCUGAAA